UAUGCUUAUGACUUGUGAAUCCCAAGACCGAGUUUUUCCAUUUUUCAUAGUCUUUUUUCUUCCCCAGCAAAUGAACCCUUUAGGUCUAGACCUAGACAAGAAGCUGUCUAAAGCGGCCCUAGCCCGGGAGGUGGCUGUCCGCGUGUACCGGCUUCACGGGCCGCUGGGCUACUACCGUGGUUACGCGGCUUCGCUCGCCGCCUAUGUACCUAACUCUGCCCUCUGGUGGGCGCUGUAUACUACUUAUCAAGACGAGCUCCUGAAGGUGGCUCCCUCGUGGAUGUCGAUCCUGCUGAUACAGUGCGUGGCGGGGACUCUCGGCGGGUUCACGACCACCUUCCUCACCAACCCUCUCGACAUAGUGCGGGCUAGGCUACAGGUCCAAGGUGUAGGUACAAUGAACGAGGUUUUCCGCGACCUCUGGGCUGAAGAAGGUCUCGUGGGGCUGUACUUCAAGGGUCUGUCUGCGCGCCUGGUGCAGUCCGCCUGCUUCUCAUUCAGCAUCAUCCUCGGAUACGAGACCAUCAAGAGGGUCGCGCUGAGCGAUGAGUUUAGACCGAGAGUACGCUGGUGAAUAAUAUACGUGACUUGUGA